AUGCUCGCCCGAACCCUCACCGGCCGCCUCCUCCGCCCCCGCUUCUCGCCGUCGCUCGCUGCCCUCCGCGGCUACUCGUCCCGCGCUUCAGCCUCGGUCGCCGCCACGGACAUCGCCAUCGACGACGACACGCCGCGGCCCGCGGCCCCCGUCGGUGUCGGCGUCGGCGGCGCCGCCAUCGCCGCCACGCUGCCCACCGUCCUGCAGCCGCGCGUGCUCAUCUACGACGGCGUCUGCCACCUCUGCCACCGCGGGGUGAAAUGGGUGUUCAAGGCAGACAAGCACGCCAAGAUCAGGUUCUGCUGCCUGCAGUCCAAGGCCGCGGAGCCGUACCUGCGGCUGGUCGGCAUGGACCGGGAGGACGUGCUGCGCCGCGUGCUCUUCAUCGAGGGGCCUGAGGCCUACUACGACGGCUCCACAGCUGCGCUGAAAGUUGCAUCAUACCUGCCUCUUCCCUACUCGGUGUUGAGCUCCUUGCUGAUCAUCCCCAUACCACUACGUGAUGCAGCCUAUGACUACAUUGCAAAGAAUCGGUACGAUUGGUUUGGCAAAGGUGAUGAAUGCCUAGUCACCAAGGACCAGGAGCUUCUCGAGCGUUUCAUCGACAGGGAGGAAAUGCUUGGUGGUGGUCCCAGCAAUAGCUCUUAUUGAUCACAGCUUUUGCUGUCAAUGUUUGCUUCUCAGUUCGUGCGGUAGGCAUAGGCAAAGAAAACAAUGUAAGUAAUCUUCCCAUCUAUGUAGGUGAUUAUGAUUAGUUCUAAAAGAAGCCUGGAACUUCAGCUCCGCUCUCAGUCACUGACAGUGGCUGGGAUGCAGCAUAUAUGGCAACAUCUAUCAGAUGGUUUCCAACUUUGCGUGCUAACUUUAGAUGGUUAACGUCCAGAGGGAGAGGAGAGUUUUGGAUUUUGGAUUAUUAUCUGGCGGUACAUCAGGCUUUGAAUGCCCCAACUUGUAAGUUCCUCGAGAUGUAUUUGUGGUAUUUCGCUGGAACUUUGGA